UAUAAAAGAAGACCGCAUGUAUAAGAAAAGGUCAAGAUUUGCGUACAGUCGUACACUGUUCAAACAUCAACAAAUCGAGAGAUACUUCAAAAGCAAGACUGAAAAUGGAGCCAAUUGCUUUGAUACCAGGGAUAUUCGUCAUCUAUUUGUCCGGAAUUUGUUCCGGAGCUGUAAUUCAAGUUGAAACAACUAAUUACGGACCAUGCCAUCAGUUAGAAAACAAUCCUUUGCGACUGCAUUUUGGAACGGAAGCGAGAUGCAAAAAAAACGGAAACUUUAAACCAUUACAAACAUUUAACAUGAAACUGGAAUGUUACUUUCCAAUGGGAGUUGAUUAUGUACAAAGAUACCCAGGCAACGGACCAUGCAGAAUGCUAAAGCAAUGUCUUCGACAAAAACACCAUGAAUUUGGUGGACUGAAGGAACACAAAUGGAUACGGUGUGACAAAUAUGGAUAUUUCAAACCACUGCAAAAACAAGAAAAAGGAAAUAGGAUUUGUGUUGAUUUCUACGGAAAUAUCAGGAAAAGAAACAAAGUUACCAACAGAGCUGAUUGUAUAAAAUCAAUUAUUGCUCAUCGCCGAAGGUAAUAAAAUGCCUCGAGGAGUUCUCCUGAAUAAAACAAAAACAUCACAAAGCUCACCGGUGGUAUUUCAAAUGAUACAAAUGAUAAGGAAGAAAAGCAAAUUUUUACAAAUAUGAAGAAUAUUUAUUUGUACAUUUAUCGCAAAAAAAGCUUAAACUUAAAAUUUAGGAAAUAUAAUAGUCAUAUAACGACGUUUUGCUAACGACAAUUUUGUAAUUUAACGUAAAACAAUAAUUAGGGUAUUUCAUUUGCGUGUAAUUACAGUGUAUUUUAAAGCAUUUUGGAAAUUAGAUAUUUUUUUUCUUUA